CCUAAAAACAGUAUUAAUUGCGUAGCCUAUUAAUUAGGCUUAAUUGAUAGUGUCCUUAAAAAGCAACUGUUAAAUGGCUAAUACGGUGUAACGCUCAAAAUAGCUGAUGGUAAAGAAUAAAGUUAUCCAGGGGAUUUUGGUAGGCCUAAUCCGUUUUGAAGAGGAUGCCACAGCCUAAACUCCUUAACUCCUCAUUGAGCCACUGAUUUAUGCUGAACGAGAGCGUUGUGUCGUAAUUCCGUUGAUAACAUCAUAUUUUCCCUCUCGUGGAACUAAAAUAGCGAUCAUAAUUUACAUUUUUACCCAGUUACUCCUUUAGUUACACCCGUUUCAGCGAACUCUCUCGCUGUUCUCAAAUGCAACCGAUGGAUGGCGCUGUUUGGGCAUUACUGAAUGAACAUCAAGCGCAAUGGUAAGGCAGUUACGCUUAAAAUAGCCAACAGUUUCUCAAAUAUUGAUAGACUGAUUAAAAUAGGCUACGUUAGGGCUUGUUUUAGUUUAUUUGUUUGCUUGUUUCUUAUUUUCUUUUUACAAUAUGUCCAUACAUUAACAAACACCGGGUCUCUUUCAUUAUUAAUCGCUCAGGUGUCUGUGUCCUCGUCGACAUGGCAAAGGUUUCAGAUAUUUCAUCAAUGGGGCCUAGAAAACGGAGACAAGAGGACAGAUGGAUGGCUUUUGGUUUAUUCUCCGCUGCCUGUCGGUGGGAUCUUCCUGUUUUACCUUGUCAUUGUCUGGCUUGGUCCCAAACUGAUGUCUUACAGAGAACCAGUCAACAUCAAAGCUCUCCUUAUUAUUUACAAUUUUUCCAUGGUGUGCCUUUCUGCUUAUAUGUUUUAUGAGUUCACAGCAUCUUUUUGGUUGGCAAAUUACAGUUUGGUGUGUCAGCUUGUUGACUACUCUGAAACCCCCUUGGCAAUGAGGAUGGCCAAAGUGUGCUGGUGGUUUUACUUCUCUAAAGUCAUUGAACUUACUGAUACAGUGUUCUUCAUUCUGAGGAAGAAGAACAAUCAACUGACCUUUUUGCAUGUGUAUCAUCAUGGCGCCAUGAUUUUCAACUGGUGGGCAGGGGUCAAGUAUGUUGCGGGAGGGCAGUCGUUCCUUAUUGGCCUCAUAAACUCUUUUGUUCAUGUGGUAAUGUAUAUGUACUAUGGCCUGGCAGCAUUGGGCCCCCAAAUGCACAAGUACUUGUGGUGGAAAGACUACCUCACUUCGCUUCAGCUGCUCCAGUUCUUCAUUGUGACCAUUCACACUGCAGUUAACCUCUAUGCUGACUGUGACUUUCCUGACUCCAUGAAUAUUAUAGUGCUCGGCUAUGCCUUCAGCCUGAUCGCUUUGUUUAGUAACUUUUAUUAUCAGAACUACAUUUCCAAGAAGACCAAGAUGGCAUGACAGCGUGAAGAUUAAAAUAUAUAUUACAUACUAUGAAUGUUUGAAUACAAAUGUGUCAUCCAUUGAUCCACAAUGUGGCGAUUGAGACUGUUUUAAGGACUCUGUUUAAUCCUUUAUCUCAGAUCCAUUUGUCUGUAUUCUCCCCUCCUCCAAACAGAGUCCAUACAAUCUCUACACUCCCACCCCCCUCUGGUCAUUAGGGAUUGAGACCCUGCAACGCUCUAGUGAUCUGGCCAAAUUGAAAUAAACCCUAGUCCACUUUCUGCUCCUCACUCACUUAUUUAUCUAAUCUCCCAAUGUGACGCUUUUAUUUGUUU